UAAAUCUUGAUGACUUUCUAUUACCAGAAGAAAUAAAAAACACUACCAAUCCUAUUUCAACCUUAGAAUCAGAAAUAGAAGACACUACCGAUCUUAAUUCGACUAUAGAAUCAGAAAUUGAAAACUUAGAAGACUCUAUAACUAUCCUUCUAACUGAUGUAUCUCAAACCAUUCAGCCAAUGACUAGAAGCCUAACCAACCCGUUUAUUGGUAGAACUUGGAAAACCCAAGUAGACAAGAUAAAACUUCUUAACCAAUAUGCAGACUCAGCUAUGAUAAAAAACUUUAUCGAAAGAAAACAAGGCAAAAGAAAAGCCAAAGACACUUGGCAUGGUGCUUAUCGAACUUAUGAACUUUUCAGAAUCUGCCCAAAGGAAGUUAUUUCUCA